GCGGCGGCAGCAGUGGCCGCACAUCUGGAUGGAAGCGAGCUUUGUCCAGACCACCAUGGCUCUGGGGCUGUCCUCCAAGAAAGCGUCUUCCCGUAACGUGGCCGUGGAGCGUAGGAACCUGAUCACCGUGUGCAGGUUCUCUGUGAAAACACUGCUGGAGAAGUACACGGCGGAGCCCAUCGACGACUCCUCCGAGGAGUUUGUAAAUUUCGCGGCCAUUUUGGAGCAGAUCCUCAGUCACCGUUUCAAAGCCUGUGCCCCAGCAGGUCCAGUGAGCUGGUUCAGCUCAGACGGCCAGCGGGGCUUCUGGGACUACAUCCGCCUGGCCUGCAGCAAAGUGCCCAACAACUGUGUGAGCAGCAUUGAGAACAUGGAGAACAUCAGCACAGCCCGGGCCAAGGGCCGGGCAUGGAUCCGGGUGGCACUGAUGGAGAAGCGCAUGUCGGAGUACAUCACCACGGCCCUGCGGGACACGCGGACCACCAGACGGUUCUAUGACUCUGGAGCCAUUAUGCUAAGGGAGGAAGCCACUGUCCUCACCGGGAUGCUGAUCGGAUUGAGCGCCAUCGACUUCAGCUUCUGCCUAAAGGGCGAAGUCCUGGACGGGAAGACCCCCGUGGUCAUCGAUUACACGCCCUACCUGAAGUUCACGCAGAGCAGCACGAGCGAGGACAACUCGCCCGAGCACCCGUACCUGCCGCUCGUCACCGACGAGGACAGCUGGUACAGCAAAUGGCACAAGAUGGAGCAGAAGUUCCGCAUCGUCUAUGCGCAGAAGGGCUACCUGGAGGAGCUGGUGCGUCUGCGCGAGGCGCAGCUGCACGACACGGAGAACCGGGGGCUGCAGCUGCAGCUGGAGGAAGCGGCUGCGCAGAACCAGCGCGAGAAGCGGGAGCUGGAAGGCGUGAUCCUGGAGCUGCAGGAGCAGCUGACAGGUCUGAUCCCUGGCGACCACGCCCCCUUGGUCCAGGGUUCCAAGGAGCUCACCACGCCCCUGGUCAACCAAUGGCCCUCACUGGGAACGCUCCAUGGGGCUGAGGGCGCCAACUCCAAGCUCUACCGGAGACACAGCUUCAUGAGCACGGAGCCGCUGUCAGCCGAGGCCAGUCUGAGCUCAGACUCCCAGCGCCUGGGAGAGGGCAAGCGGGACGAGGAGCCCUGGGGCCCCAUUGGGAAGGACCCCACGCCCUCCAUGCUGGGCCUCUGCGGCUCUCUGGCCUCCAUCCCCAGCUGCAAGUCCCUGGCGAGCUUCAAAUCCAACGAGUGCCUGGUGAGCGACAGUCCCGAGGGCAGCCCAGCACUGAGCCCCAGCUGAGGAGCGGCGUGGGCAGUGCGUCCCACCUGCCAGGGGCCACGGACACCUGCCACCUUUCAAGAGCCCCUAAUCCAGGCCACCCUUCCAGAGAACGCUGCCCACCAGCCAGGCUUCCUUGGAAAGGACAAGCCCCGCCUUUGCCGGUGCAGCCUCCUGCCUGGCAGCACAGCUGCAAGGGGACGCUGAUGGGCCAAGGCAGGGGCCCCAGAAGCCUGCUCUGCCUGCUGACCCCAUGCCUGGCCAGCUCCCUCUGGUCUCUCCCUCACUCAUCCCCCCUCAGGUGCCGGCUGCCCAGCCCCAGCACCCCCACUUUCUACGCCUCUCCUGUGUAUCCCCUGGACUCACUCCCUCCUCAGCCCCCAGGGUAUGGGCUCUAUGGGGAUCAGGCAAAUAAAAACCAGAGGACUGAGAGCAGCCUGGUUUUUGG